GCUUUGGUCGCGUCGGUUCAUCCGGACCAAUCCCACAAAGGCCGAGAUAAUGUAGCCUUUCGUAAAUGUCAUCAUGUUUGUCCUUACAUAAGUAGUAACCAACUUCAUUUCCCUCUUUACCAAAUAGUUAUACUAUGAUACUCUCAUAGCUGCUACUACGAAAAAAUGUGGAUUCUACCUCUCGUUGGGUAUCUCGGCUCCAUCGUGGGCUUUUGCUUUCUGACGCUGGCUAUAGCUUCCGGCCUCUACUACCUCUCUGAACUAGUCGAGGAACAUACCGUCAUCGCGAAACGACUUCUAACUAAACUCAUCUACUCUAUCAUCGGACUUCAGCUUAUACUCUGGCUUGUCGAUGGCUUCCCUUUAUGGUUGAGCCUAAUGGGGAUCGUAUCGCAUAUUGUAUACCUCGGGAAUAUGCGACGCUUCCCAUUCGUCAAGUUAACGGACCCUUUGUUCAUCGCCUCGUGUGUGCUGGUACUGGUCAAUCAUUACUUUUGGUUCCAACAUUUCUCCGAGGCGCAGCAACGGUCAUACUCGCGCCUAUCGUCAAUGUACGACCAGCCGGAUGUACCCAGUUUCACCGAGAUCGCCUCGUACUUUGGCUUGUGCGUGUGGCUUAUCCCAUUCGCCUUAUUUGUUAGUCUCUCUGCCAGCGAUAACGUUUUGCCCACAAUCGGUACCGAACAACCCUCGCGCGACGUUGACGGGAAGAGUAAGCGGCAGGGCAUGGUAAAAGUUAUUGUUGAUAACGUGCUAUCGGCUAUCGGAGAAGUUACCCGUUUAGCAGGGUGGAAGAAGCCAGAGGACCGAUUCUAAGACCACAGUAGGGUGAAGAAUCAAGGAGGUAAUAAUGUGUACGUAAAUUCCUGAUCCGUCGAACAAGCAGUAAUGCAUCCCCAACCGCAAAUAUGCAUACAUCCAAUGUAGACAUCUCUACCUUCUCCAAUUGAAGGUGUGAACGUGUCUCCGGUCCGACUCCUUUUGAGUCAGAGUAUGCUCCAAAACCCGAGGGAUAUUGAUCAACUAGUAUAUCAAGCCUCGUGAUGUAAGUAAACGUCCCAAGUCGAGGAUCAGUCAAUGCGCCGUUACUAUUUGUAACAUACAUACGAGGAUAUCGUUGACGUGAGGUUAUUGGGCACUUCAGCAGACGAUCGUCGUCUACGUUCU